CAACAGAAAAGAACUGCAAAAUCACACCCCAACACCAACAACUCGCAUUUUGACAACUUCAUUCAACCUCUGGCUACUUGACCAUCGCAAUGGCCGACGAAGACCAACAAAAAGCGAGGGAUAUCGCUGAUCGCGAGGUAGCAAGGCUUUGGCGCGCAUGGAGGACCGUUCAUCAGAUGGUCAAUGACAGAGGUUAUGAGCUGAAUGAAGAUGAGCUGAGCAUCUCUCUCGCUGAGUUCAAGAACCGAUUCACAAAUGACGGCGUUCCGGAUCGCAAGAAGAUGAUCUUCACCGCUCGUCCAAGUGUCGAGAUGGUCGCGCGAUACUCUACUCCAGCAACUGCCGCAAACCCAAACCCACCCAAGGCUGACGUGGGCACGAUCUAUAUCGAAUUCCUCGCAGAUACCAAUGUUGGUAUCAAGCAAAUGCGAUCGUUCGCCCAGGUUCUGUCCCAGGGCAACUUCCACACCGGCAUUCUGGUCACGCACGUCCACAUCACACCCGCGGCCAUGAAGAUUGUUCCCGCCGUUGCGUCAGAGACCAGAAUCGAGUGCUUCCUGGAACAGGACCUACUCGUCAACAUCACCCACCACGAAUUGGUCCCGAAACACGUUUUGCUAAGCAAGGAAGAGCGAUCCAAGUUAUUGCAGCGUUACCGCCUGAAGGACACCCAGUUGCCUCGUAUCCAAGUGGGAGACCCAGUCGCCAGAUACCUUGGUUUGAGGAGAGGACAAGUCGUCAAGAUCAUCAGGACCAGUGAGACGGCUGGGCGAUAUGCCAGUUACAGAUUGUGUGUCUGAGUCAGGGCGGUUUCUGUGCGAGCAGUGGGAGUUAUUGGAUGGCGUUAUCAAGGUAGAAAAUGCAUAGGCGCAGGCGUAUAAAUACGGCGGAAACGGGGUCAAGCCGCAGUGUAUUAUACAGUACAAUGGACCAAUCUUUAUAAGAAUUUCCGGCACUCCACCGUUUAUUUGGGCUUCUGGGAGACUUUGGCUGUACUAGAUGAUGACCUGUGCUGUCCAAUCGAGCAGAUCGGCGGGAAACUGUGUUAGACUUCCACGCCUUUUCCCUCCUCGAAUAGUGGGAUUAAGAUAUUAAUCCAGAGCCGGAUACUAUACAAGGCUAUAGUUCGCAAUGUCAUUGGGAUCAUCCAAAAU